GCACAACAUACAAAAAUUAUUUGGCCAGAAAAGCUUGCCGAUCCAGUUAAACUUGUAUGUCUGUUGACCAAAGAUGUAAAAGAUUGUCGGAAUUUGGCCAAAGCAUGGACCCAGACAGCACGGAAAAGUCUGGACAUGUUUCUGGAUGUCCUACUUGUCUACAAACAUCAGAUUCUCCAGGACGCUUGGGAUGGUGUAAUAGCACAGCUUCAGAAUAUGAACAUAUCUCACCCUGAUGGUGUUACAGUAGCCGUGGAAAAAGUCAAUUUGAAAUUUUCAUCAUGGGGCACAAGAAGUUUGCAACAGAAGUUUAUCAAAGAGUGAAAAAAAUCAAACGAGAGAUUGCUGUUGAAUUAGAUAGGAAGAAGAAACAAGUUAAAGAAACAACUUCACCAAUAAAACAUCACCAAGUUGUCAUGUUGAGCCUUACACAUUUCACUGAUACAAUGGAGAAGAAAUAUCCCGGGAUGAAAGUCAUGUUAGAUUUUAAGGCCAGAACAGUAACAUAUGAUGGGUUGUAUGGAGAGGUUACCAGUGCAAAGUUGGAAAUGUAUGAAAUGAUACAUGCGAUGGUGUCCAGUGAUGUGGGUGAUUUCAACAAGGGCAGGUAUGCUUACCUCCAAGACAUGGCGGUGAAACAGUAUGUUGCAGGAAAGAUGAAAGAGGACAAAAUCAUGUCUAUUUGGAAAAUGCAGGACAAUCGCUUUGUAGUGUAUGCUAUGACGGAUGAUGCUGCAGUUCGUGCGGCACACAUUCUGAGAGAUUCGGUUCUAGAGACCAUUGUUGAUGUGAAGAAGGAAUCCUCUUCUCUCCUGUCAUCAGACAGUUGGGCCAGCGAGGAGCAGUCCAUCAAAGAUUCAUACGGUGUAAUGGUACAAAUGAAAGUUAUGAUGGACACACCUUGUAUUGUGAUUUACUCCACUGAUAGAGAUGCUGGGAUGGUGAGAAAACGGGUGACUGAUUUCUUAAUCAUGAACACUAUUUAUAACACCAAAUUAUCAAUCAGCACAGGAAUGCUGAGGUUUGUUAUAGUCCAUUGUCUUAAAGAAGUUACUGCCAUCGGAGAUCAGUACAAUGUCACAAUUGAUAUAGACAACCUUGGUAUCGAAAUCAUAGGAACCGAGGUAGGCCUCAGUAAAGCAAAGAUGGGUAUAGGUAAUGUCAUUGACAGCGUUGAGAAAAAAGAACAUAUAUUAAAAAAACCAGGCAUCACCAAACUGAUGACAUCCGAAGACAGUAAACUGAAAGUAAGUCAAGUGGAAAAAUCCCAUGGUGUCGUAAUUGUGCCAAGCGAUGAGAGCGAAGAUGAUGUCAGUGGAGGAGAGGCUGGAGGUAGGCCGACUCCUGCACCAAGAAGACGAGACGGUAUACAAGAAAUGGCGAGGUGUUCCCAGCCUAACUAUCAUCUCAUGGUUAUGUUGGGGGAUAUCACCAACCUCAAGGUGGAUGUGCUUGUCAACGCAGCAAACAAGAAACUCCAGCAUGCUGGAGGGCUUGCAAAGGCUAUUGUGGAUAAAGGAGGGAAAAGCAUACAGCGGGAUUGCGAUGAACACAUCAAACGAUACAGCCGGCUGAUGGAGGGUGACGUGUACUUGGGGAAGCCUGGGAACCUCAAAUGUAACUUCAUUGCCCACGCGGUGGGACCAGUAUGGCAGGGAGGGCGAAAUAACGAGGAGGAAAUGCUACGGGAAGCAGGGUUGAAGUCUAUGGAGGAAGCCAACGACCAUAAUCAGACAUCCAUUGCAUUGCCAGAUCUUGGAGCAGGUGUUUAUGGUUACCCGGCCAACAAGUCUACCAGAACCAUUGUAGAGGCUGUGGAUGACUUUUACAGAGACAAUCCUGGAUGUUGUAUUAGGGAUGUGUAUCUCUGUGAUGUCAGUCAGAAAACUGUUGACCUUUUUAUCACGGCUGUACAGAAUCGAUUUGGAACUGGGAAUGUCAUUGUGUCAGGUCAUGGUGGAGGAGCCCGGGACAAAUGGUCUGCACCCCAGGCCAAACCAAGGAAAGGCUGGAAUCAGGCAGUCCAAGGAGCAGGAAGGAACCCUACACCAGGGAAUACCUCGUCUUUUGCUGUGAUGAUCUACGGUAAAGACCAGAUUGUCACUAGUAUGGCAAUAAGGGACUUGGAAAACAAACUUGAUGAAAUGCUUAGACUUAAAAUAAUUACAGAUGACAUCAUAAAAACUUUCACACCAAUCCAGGAAAAUGAGCUUAUUAAGAAACUUGAGGAACAGUUCCAGGUUGAAGCGACAUUUGAGAAAAGCAAAAGCAGAAUUCAGCUGAUUGGACUAGCUGAUUCCUUACCAGAGGCUGCAGAUAUGGUACAUGGUUUGAUACUGAAUGUUCAACGUCUGAAUCAGGCAGCGCAAGAAACACAGCUUACCGUAUUUUACCGCGAAUGAGCUCCCUCUCGCAAAUAAGCCCCCUCCCCACUUUGGUAAAUGUCCUGGGAACAGGGUGGGUGCCUGCAAUAAAGCCCCCUCCCUAAUUUUGUCUCCAUCUCAAAAAAAAAUGUAGCUAGCUGCAACAACCCGCAAACUUCUUCUUGCAAACAAAAUAGUUUGCAGCAAAUUUUAUGUUUCUGGAAGGGUAAAGCAUCUGAAUAAUCAAUCUAUCACAUCUAACAUUUUAUUUGAUUAUAUUUGAUACAUAUCAUAUUUAUUGCUUGCAGGCGAAAACCAUAACAGUUUCUUUUCGAGAUAACUCACAGCUGCAAAGCAUCAUGCAAAACAAAAACCUAUAAAUUCA